AAGUGUCCACUGCCGUUCAACAUCUACGCCUUGCUAAAUUUGUAAUCAGGUUUUUGAAGUGAGUCGCCAUCUGUUUGAGCACAUGUUAGCUCACAAAAACGACAACCUUUAUCUUUGUGGUAAAAAAAAUGUGUUCACCCGUCAACAGUGACCCGUCAUAAAGAAGAAGAACAUGAGUGAGAAACCAUAUUCUUGUCCAGAAAGAAGCACAUGGGAAGUCACUCAGGUGAAAUGCUAAUGUUCCUGUGAAAUUUGUGGGUUUUUGAUGGAGUAAUUGGGGUAAGUCACACACCCACACACACACACAGGUGAGAGACCGUAUGUUUGGCCUGUCUGUUGAAAGAAUGUCUGAGAUGUUGGACUCUCAGCUUUGAACUCAGGCGUCCCUCUGUUGGUCAUGUUUUAUAGUCAAAGUAUGUAUAAAGUAUUUGUUCAGUGUGACCAAAUAAAAUGUAAAAGUUUAUUAACCACAGAACAGACGAGGUUACAGUGAGGCUGCUGUUAAGAUGUUGUAAAUCCAUUUAUUUUUUUACAGUCCUAUCUAACAGAGAAAGUUUCCUGACAGCUGCUCAGCUGGGGGGUUUUUUUGUUUUGCUUUUUUUUUUUUUUUAAUUCAGUCUGAUUUGUUUUGCGAACGUGAGCAGAUGAAAGUGAAGUAAAACAAUGACAUGAAAUUAUAAUGGUUAGGGACUAGCUUGCUUUUAUGUCAACGGAAUGUUUUUCUCUUAUUUCUAUCACAGUAUGACUCGAAUGUUUUGCUCUGUUCUUCACUGAAUAAAUGCUGUUGAAAUCCGGUCAUUCGUUUGGAUGCAUUUUUAUUUUCACCGGGAUUUCAUGUUUCCUGUGUUCUAUUUCAACGGGGUAAAAGCCCAAAAAAUGACGUUGGAACCUUAGAGGGCGGUGACCUGUAGGUGUAACACCACCAACUCCAACAGGAAGUAAAACCCUCUCUUCAAAUGAACACUGACAUUGGACAGAUGAAGAUGUAAUGGAGUGGCCUGUGCAGUCAGCAGACACUAUAAUACCUCAAAAGUAUGAAAUACAUUUCAGUUCAAAGCUUUUAGGUCAAAACCGAUUUAUUAUAAAACAAACAGGACAGUGUCGGAAGAACUUCAUUUAUGAUCGUUGCUUCAUGCUGUACUGUCGCUUUAAGAAGCUGUUCUCUCCUCAUUAUAAUCUACUGCCAAAGACUGAUGGAAAAUUACCAGACACAGUCACACCCACAUUCUUACCUACACAUUCACAUCCAUGUACUCACACACGAUCACGUGAUACGUAAUCUGAUACUUUUAUAAACUGAACCAAAGAGCAGAGGACUUGGGCGUGGCUUUUCAGAGUAAACGAGGAAGCUGCACUCUGCCUCUGCAAGGAGAAGAUCAAGACGUCUUUUGUGUUGUUACUUUGUCGUCAUGUUUGUUAGUUUGAACCGAACAUUUGAACCGUUCACGUCUUAGCUUUAGCCUCGCGUUCAACCAGAGAGCGGUUAAACCACCGUUGGUCGUGUUUCCUAAAAGAAUCAUCUUUCGACGAAGCAGCGGUGUCUUCAGGAAGGUUUAGAGAAUUUAUCAACGAACGAUUAACCGCAUAUCCAUGUUUACUGUGUUCUAUUUCAACGGGGUAAAAGUCCAAAAAAUGACGUUGGAACCUUAGUGGGCGGUGACCUGUAGGUGUAACACCACCAACUCAAACAGGAAGUAAACAGCUGACGUCCUGCUUAUUGUAGCUCGUUAGCGUCGACCGUCUGCUGUGAAGCUGCCGGACGCUGGUUAAUGUUUAUUCUGGUGGAAAAUUCCUCAGACUUUAAACUCUAUCGUAGUUUUCUCUGCGUUUGACGGAUUUACCGGACGAACCACAAAGUGCGAGGGAAAGUCAGCGGGAAAUAGUGACGUUGAAAACACGGAAGUGAACAAACAUCAGCGCAGACCGACAAUGAACAAAGUCGAAGAAAAGUUCACAAGAGAAGAAUGUCCCUUUAACAAUGACAUGGAUUUAAAUCGUCACCAAAAGCAACCAAAUAAAGAAGAGGGAGAGGAAGGGUCACCUCAGAUUAAGGAGGAGCAGGAAUCACUUCAGAUUAAGGAGGAGCAGGAGUCACUUCAGAUUAAGGAGGAGCAGGAGUCACUUCAGAUUAAGGAGGAGCAGGAGUCACUUCAGAUUAAGGAGGAGCAGGAGUCACCUCAGAUUAAGGAGGAGCAGGAGGAGGAGGAGGUUCACCCUGACUGUCAAGAGAACUCCAGUUUGGAUCGACAUAAACCAGGAAAUUGCCUCAAACAGAAGGGGGCGCUAGAACCAAAGCAGGAAGAUGAGCCUUUUCUCAGGACUUGUGAUCAUGUUGGAAGUGUUGGUGACACAGCAGAGAUGGACAGCAGCCACCGGCUCCAGUGUCAGAUAGAACCGACCCGUUCAGACUCUGGACCGCAAGAAAAAAAAAACGGAACCAGAGGACGUGAAAAAAGUUUUAAAUGCGAGCACUGUGGUAAAUCUUUCAGGCACCAGUACCAAUUGAGAACGCAUCUGAGAACUCACACAGGUGAGAAACCACACUCUUGUAGAACAUGUGGGAAAUGUUUUGUAACCAGUAGUGAUCUAAGGGUUCAUGAAAGAACUCACACAGGCGAGAGACCAUAUUCUUGCAAAACAUGUGGGAAAUGUUUCGUAUCUUGUAGUGAUUGGAAAGUGCACGCCAGAACCCACACUGGUGAAAAACCAUAUUCUUGUCAAGCCUGUGCCCAAACAUUUAGAACAAAUUCUGCCAUGCAUAAACAUAUCAGGCUGCAAAGAUGUAAGAAGCCACACGGUUGCCAAUCCUGCGGGAACGAAUUUGCAACUAACAAGGAACUGAAAGACCACAUGAACACUCACACGGGGGAGAAACCAUAUUCCUGCAAAAUAUGUGACACAUAUUUUGCAAGUAGGGAACUCCUGAAGGUCCAUAUGGGGAGUCACAGGCGUGAACAGACCUAUGUUUGUGAAAAAUGUUGUAAAGGUUUUGCACACGUCGGUGCGUUGACCAGCCACAUGAGGACGCACUCCAGUGACAAGCAGCACAGAUGCAAAAUAUGUGAGGCAAAUUUUAAACGUAGUGGUGCCCUGAAGGUCCACAUGAGAACUCACACAGGUGAGAAACCAUAUCCUUGUCAAAUAUGUACAAAGUCCUUUCGUAACAAGUCGUCAUUUAAUCAGCACAUGAGGUCACACACAGGAGAGAAACCAUAUUUCUGUGAAAGCUGUGGGAAAGGUUUUGGCAGUAGCUGUCAGCUGUCAGUCCACGCCAGAACACACACGGGUGAGAAACCAUUUUCUUGUGAAAUAUGCGGAAAAUCCUUUGUCAGCAGUAGUGCGUUGACAAUCCACAUGAGAACUCACACAGGGGAGAAACCGUACUCCUGUAAAUCCUGUGGGAAAAAAUUUAAAACCAACAGUGCGUUUAGUGUACACAUGAAAGCUCACAACGGUGAGAAACCAUAUCCUUGCAGCGCCUGUGGAAAAAGAUUCCGUGUCUCUGCGGCUUUGAAAAGGCACAUGAAAACUCACACCGGAGAGAAACCCUUCAGAUGCCACGUCUGUAAGAAAGACUUCCGACAGAGCGGCACCUUGAUGGAACACUUGAGGACACACACGGGCGACAAACCACAUGUCUGCCAAACCUGUGACAAGUGUUUUGCCCAUAGGGCAAACUUGUGGAACCACAUGAAAACGCACAGCUGAAAGGCCGCGUUCAGGCAACUUUAUGUCAACUUUUGUGGGGCAAUAAACCGGGUUUAAAGAAAAUAAUUGGAUCAAAUCAUCAGCCAAACGUGAUGAACACAGUGUCACUGUGUUUCCCUUUCUAACCAGUAGGUGGCAUCAGAGUAUUCGAAGGACAUCAAUACUUUACCAGCUGACACACAGAGUACUCUGUCUCUCACUCUACACUUUCAUAACAUUUGUGACUGUAACGAUCGUCAAUUCAUUUAGAAAGAUUGAUAUAAAAGAAAACUGAAGAAAUGUCUGAGUUUUACUUUUGAGUGAUUUGAUUUUUUAAGCAGAUGUCGAGGAGAACAUUAUCAAAAAAAAGUACCUUUACCUAACGGCAGCCUAUUAGUCAUUG